CGCCGGUUGACCAAGUCCAAUUCCGCUUGUCGCCGCUCAACCGAUGUGAAGGCAAUAAAUUGACCGAAGCCAGAAGACGAGGAGGCCGUCCGCGUUUCUUUUCCUCUUUGCUUAACGCGUUAUCCACGCGAUCUUUCAGCGCUUUCACCGUCAAAUACCUCUAUUUCGCGUCCUCCCUUUCUUCCGUCUCUUCCCACUCUCUCCGUGUUCCAAAAUUGCGGUCCAAAGACCUAGCUCGCGCAGAAACGAUCCCGACUUUUUGAUCAUCGGAGCUACCAGCGAGCGCGGAGACGAAGGAGAUCGGACCUUUGGUGACCUCGAGAUUCUUCGGCGGCGAAGGUGAUGCUGCGAUCGUGCGUGAGGCCGCUGGAGCGGUGCUUCGGGAGGCUCGGCGGCGGCGAUGGGCUGAUGUGGCACAUGGACCUUAAGCCCCACGCCUCCGGCGAGUUCUCCAUAGCAGUCGUCCAGGCCAACAACUCCCUGGAGGACCAGGGCCAGGUGAUCACCUCCCCGUCCGCCACCUUCGUCGGGGUCUACGACGGCCACGGCGGCCCCGAGGCGUCUCGCUUCGUCAGCAACCGUCUCUUUCCCCAUCUCGAUCGGUUCGCUUCGGAGCAAGGGGGUUUGUCGGCGGAUGUGAUCAAGAAAGCGUUCGACGCGACGGAGGAGGAAUUCUUUCAUCUGGUGAAGCGGUCAUGGCUAUCGCGGCCGCAGAUCGCGUCGGUGGGAUCGUGUUGCCUUGUCGGCGCGAUUGCCGGCGACACGCUCUACGUGGCCAAUUUGGGGGACUCCAGGGCUGUGCUUGGGCGCCGGGCCUUGGGCAGGAGGACCGUGGUGGCGGAGCGGCUGUCCACCGACCACAACGUCUCGGUGGAGGAAGUCAGGAAGGAGAUCGCCGAGCUGCAUCCUGAUGAUAAGCAGAUCGUCGUUCACACCCGUGGCGUCUGGCGGAUAAAAGGGAUUAUUCAGGUCUCGAGGUCUAUCGGAGACAUCUACUUGAAGAAACCUGAGUUCAGUAGGGAUCCGCUAUUCCAUCAAUUUGUUUCUCCAGUUCCGUUGAAGAGACCUGUCAUCACUGCAGAGCCAUCGAUUCGGGUCCGAAAGCUUAUGCCACAUGACUUAUUCUUGAUAUUUGCAUCAGACGGACUCUGGGAGCAGUUAAGUGAUGAAGCUGCUGUCGAGAUAGUAUUCAAGAACCCAAGAGCGGGAAUAGCCAAGCGAUUGAUCCGGGCUGCUCUUAAUGAGGCUGCAAGAAAGAGGGAGAUGAGAUAUGAUGAUAUAAAACGGAUUGGAAAGGGUAUAAGGCGCCACUUCCACGACGACAUCACCGUAAUAGUGAUUUUUCUUGAUCAAAACCAUCAAGGCGUUCAUUCAAAGAUCAAAGGUAGCAUAUAUGACUGCACUACGGCACCUGUUGACAUCUUCUCCUUGAAUGCGGAUGAACCAGGCGAUCCUGUCCGACGAGUCGAAUAGAUACUAUUCUGAGGUUUUCCGGUACAACUGCUAGAUACUAUUCUGAGGUUUUCCGGUACAACUGCAGCAUACAUCAAUUUCACCGAUGAUCUAACAGUAGUUGAAUAAGAUGGGAUUUUGAAUAAAAGGUCAAUGGGGAUGGUGUACAUAGAAGGAGUCAAGACGACCUUGUCAAAAUUUUGCCGCGCAUCAUUGCCUGUUCUCUUCUGUUUCUCCGUGGUUUUCUUGAAAGAUUGUACAUUGAAUUGGUUGUUUCAAAGAUGCUACUAGCUAUCUUCAACUAUUGUUGAGUGCUUCUUAUGCA